AUGACAGCGGGAGCCAUACCAACAUCGCGACCGAAGGCUGCCGAUCCGCCGCAGUAUGCGACUUUCGACGUGUCCAAGAAGGAGGAAGGAGAGGACUCGUUGCCAGCGAUGCCGACCUGGGGAGACUCGGAAAGCAAGAGGUUAGAGGCCGAGGCGGACUCUGUCGAGUUGCGAAAUCUAAGGAAGCCCGAGAGCAACGGCGCGAACCAACCCCUUAUGAACGGAAUGUCGCCAGCAGCCACACCUGGCGCCACCACUCCUGUUGGGCAGAACGCCAGAAGUCCUUACGGACCACAAGGAGCCCAAGCCGCUGCCAGUGGCUACAUGGGUGCUGGCUCGGGAGCAAGUGCAUAUGGAACGCCGGCCCCACCGUACAACCAGAUGCACAAUGGGUAUGAUCAGUCGCAGGCCUCAUAUCACACGGGGCAAAGCUGGGGUAUCACUGGUGGGCAAGAUUAUGGACAAAUGCCAGGGCCAUCGCCCACAGAAUAUGGAUAUAAUCAAUCCCCAGUACAGACACCUGGAUACGAUGAACAUGGCGCAUACAGCGAAUACGGUAUGCAAGGGAACGGUCCUGUUCAACCAGCCACGGACCAGUACGGGGUGGCCGGUGCGCAGCCUGAAAGGCGAGGACCACCCAGAGGGGCUGUCGGCGCCGUAGGAGGAGCUGGCCCUCGCGCAUCUCCCGCUCCACGUGGCUCACCGGCCCCGCCGCCACAGCAGGACUACGGGUUCGGCGGCGGUCAGUUCGAUGCGCCCCCGAGAACCUACUCACCAGCUCCGGUUCAGCAGACGUUCUCCCCUGCUCCUCCUCAACGCACCUUCUCUCCUGCUCCUCAACGCACCUUCUCCCCUGGGCCCCAACGCAAUUUCUCCCCCGGGCCUCAACGCAACUUUUCCCCCGGGCCCGGGGGGCCCCAACGGCAAUUCUCCGCGGACUCAGCUCCAGGCCCAGGGCGAAGACCCAUGCCGCCACGUGGGCAGCCAUUCCGACAGUUCUCAGCAGACUCUGCUCCCAACCCCCAGCGACAGUACUCUUCGUCAUCACCUCGACCUCUAGCAGGUGGCGGCGGGCCGGGCGGUCGCCCAGGACCAGGACCAGGACCGCGGAGACAAUACACGGCUGACGCCGGCCCCGCGCCCAGCUCACCUGGCCCGAUGAACAACGGGGGCUUCGAUUUCCAAUCCGGCUUCAGCAGACCACCAGCCAGAGCAAACACAUUCGACACUUCCUAUAAUGGAGGAGGAGGAGGAGGCGGUGGCGGCGGCCAGCAGGAGGAGCCCGCCGCGUAUCCAGGCUACAAGCCAUAUCAGCCAAAACGUUAG